AUGGACUACUUCACUGCUACUAAUGACUCUAGCUCAAAUAAUUUCUCUAAAUCGUCUUCUUCCGUGACAAAAAACAAUCGUGGUGGUGGGAAGAACAAAAGCAAAGGAGUGAGGCUGUCCACUGAUCCACAGAGCGUGGCUGCUCGCGAGAGGAGGCACAGGAUCAGUGACCGGUUCAAGAUCUUGCAGAGCUUGGUUCCUGGUGGGACCAAGCUUGACACUGUGUCCAUGCUGGAGGAGGCUAUCCACUAUGUGAAGUUCCUCAAGACUCAGAUAUGGCUUCACCAGAGCAUGAUCAACUCUGUGGACGAUCACCAUGAUCCAUCACCGUCCAUGUUGAUGGACAUUCCAGCUCAUCGUCAUGGUCUUCAUCCAACUGGGUGCUUUGAUCAGCUUCCCCCGCAGCAUCAUCAGCAGACUCAUGAUUUGUUCGCUCACAGCAAUUUCGUUAGUGCUGCUGGUUCAGUGCAACCACCAUCGCCAGCGGUUAAUAUUCCAAUAAUGCCGGAGUAUAAUUGCUUCCAAGGUCAAGAAACCCUUGCCAAUAUUGAAGCCUAUAUGAAAUAUUAUAGCUAG